AUGGCUACCAUCACACCUUUUACGAUAGCCGUUUCUGACAAGCAAAUUGCCCAGCUCAAUCAAAAGCUGGAGCAAGCAACUUUCCCUGAUGAACUUGAUGAUGUGGGUUGGGAUAUGGGUGUUCCACUGUCUGAUAUGAAGCGACUGGUUAUUACCUGGCGUGAGAAGUUUGACUGGCGCGCCCAGGAAAAGAAGCUCAACGAGCAACUCAGUCAAUUUACAGUGCCUGUCUCUGUGGAUGACUUUGGGGUCUUGGAAGUUCAUUUUCUGCAUCAUCGAUCUGGGAAUCCGCGCGCCGUUCCAUUACUGUUUAUACAUGGAUGGCCUGGAAGUUUUCUCGAAGCAACCAAGUUGAUUCCGUUGCUCACAAAGGACGAUGGGGGCCCCGUAUUUGAUGUCGUGGCGCCUUCACUUCCUAACUACGGAUUUUCAGAGGGGGUGCAUAAGAGAGGAUUCGGCUUGGCUCAAUAUGGCGAAACCGUUCACAAAGUCAUGAUAGCUCUAGGUUAUGACCAAUAUGUCAUCCAAGGAGGAGAUUGGGGCAGUGCUCUCGCCCGCACAAUGGCAACCUACUACUCCAAACAUAUCCAGGCCAUCCACCUGAACACCAUCCCUGUAUCUCCGCCCUACCCUUGGCGAAGCCCACUCCGCUUCCUCCAAUCCCUCGUCAGCGUCCCAUUUUCAGCCAAGGAUCGGGCAUACAUCGGCCGCACGAUUGAGUACGUGACCAGAGGCAGCGCAUACAUGGUACAGCAGGGGACUAGGCCACAGACCCUCGGGUACGGGCUCCACGACAGUCCUGUUGCACUCCUGGCGUGGAUAUACGAUAAACUGCACUCGUGGUCGGAUGAAUAUCCAUGGACAGACGAGGAGAUCUUGACGUGGGUUAGUUUGUAUUACUUUUCGCGCGCGGGGCCGACGGCUUCGAUUAGAAUUUACUAUGAAUCUUUGGCGCAAAAGCCAGAGACGGUGACAAAUUGGAUGGGUAUGCCCCAGAUGCUUGAUGCUCGAGCGCCAGCGAAUGUGCGGUUUGCGGUGAUGCAGUCUAAAGAAGAGAUUAUCCAAUGGCCCAUGGCAUGGUAUCGAGCUAUUGGCAAUGUGGUUAAGGAAACGGAGUAUGGACGUGGGGGUCAUUUUGCGGCUUGGGAAGUGCCUGAGUUUGUUGCGGGUGAUUUGAAAGAGUUUCUAGGCAAAGAUGGGGCAGCUUAUGCGGCGGUGGAAGACAAAGACGGGUAUUGA